AAGUGGUUUUCGGGGUGCAUGGUUUCGUUGCAAGAUUAGAGAUAUCCGCACGAAAAAAGCUGUCAUAUCCCAUCUAUUGGAGUAUUUUGACUACACUGACCAAAGACCGAAGUUCGAAACACAUGAUUGGCACAGGAUGUGAGUCUCAUGGCCUUUAUCAUCUCCGCCCUUCUCCACAUGUUGGCGUAGUCAUGGAGUCACCAUCCCUUCAUGCUCAGUUCGAUCAUCCUAGUCUUGCCAAACUACAACAACUUGUCCCGAGGUUGUCCACAUUAUCAAGUUUAUCAUGUGAGUCUUGUCAGUUAGGGAAGCAUACUCGUAGUUCCUUUCCUCGUAGUGUCUCCCAACGGGCGUCGUCCCCCUUUUUAUUGGUUCAUUCUGACAUUUGGGGACCUAGUCGUGUUAAGUCCAUUUUAGGUUUUCAGUAUUUUGUUACCUUUAUUGAUGACUAUUCCAGGUGUACUUGGUUGUUUUUAAUGAAGAAUCGUUCUGAGUUGUUUUCUAUUUUCCAAUCUUUUUUCAAUGAAAUAGAAACACAGUUUGGGGUUUCUAUUCGAAAUUUACGUAGUGAUAAUGGCCGUGAAUACCUUUCUCAACCGUUUAAACAGUUUAUGGCUUCUCAUGGCAUUCUUCACCAAACCUCAUGUGCUUAUACCCCUCAACAAAAUGGGGUGGCUGAGCGCAAGAAUAGACACCUUAUUGAAACAACUCGUACACUUCUGAUUCAUGGUCAAGUACCCUCACGUUUUUGGGGUGAUGCAGUUCUCACAGCAUGUUAUCUUAUCAAUCGCAUGCCAUCUUCCGUCCUAGAUAACAAAAUCCCUCAUUCUAUCUUAUUUCCUCAAGAUCCUCUGCAUCCAUUACCUCUUCGAGUUUUUGGGUCUACAUGUUUUGUUCAUGAUUUUAGUCCUGGUCUUGAUAAGUUAUCUCCUAGGUCUCACAAAUGUGUCUUCUUAGGAUUUCCACGGUCACAAAAGGGCUAUAAGUGUUUUUCCCCUUCCCUCAAUCGUCAUUUUAUCUAUGCUGAUGUCACUUUUGAUGAGUCUUCUUUUUACUUUUCACAUCUAUCUUCUAGUUCUGUACCUCUCCCUGUUACUGUUGAUAUUCCUCUUAUCUGUGAUCCUCCACCCCUUUUGUCUUCUCCUUCUUUAGACUCUCAUUCACCACAGGAUCAUCCUUCACCUCCACCCCUUCGGGUUUAUAGUCGCCGUAAUUGUCUCCCUCAUGACUCACUUCCGGUGCCGCCUCAUGUGUCUCCUCCGGCUCCAGCAACUAAGUCUGACUUGCCUAUUGCCCUCCGUAAAGAGCCAAGUUGGAUCAAGUUGUAUCAAAAGUCUCUAACUAAUAUUGGCAAGUCAAAGGGCUUGAACAAGGAACUGAUGUUGCGACCUUCAUUCCCUACUUUCUCUCGUGAAAGUGAAAAGCUUGAUGUGAAUGCCAUAUCAGAAAUGACUGUUAUUGUUAAUAACACAUGGAAAGUUGGGGAUUUGGUAGAUUGGUAUACCGAUGGUUGCUAUUGGUCUGGAACUGUGACUAAAUUAUUGGGGAAUGAUAAAGUUCAGAUUAAUUUGCUUCCUCCUCCACUGGGUGAAGGGUUAUCUUAUGAAGCAUUAAGCAAGGAUUUGCGCCCAUCUUUGGACUGGUGUCCUGAAAAAGGUUGGUCUGUGCCUAUACCCGUGGGUGAUGAAUGUAGGCAGCCUUGUGCUCGUAUAAUCAUUCCGGCAAAUUCAGAUGUAACGGAUGAGGUUGGUCGGCAUACAGUAAGGAUGCAUUCUUCUUCAUCUUUAAAUUUGAAAGACUAUCCGGAUAGAUCCAUAGGAAGGAGAAAGCAAAGCAACAGUGCUAGAAAUGGUAUGGAGAUUAACGAGUCUGAUAACGUUUCAAGUUUACACAUGGAUUCGUCAGUUGAGAAUAUGGAAAUAGCUAGCAUCAGUCGUAUAUAUAAUGAGGAUCCCGCAAAGAAGAGCAGCGACAGAAGUCUCUAUCUUAAUUCCAUGUCUUCCAAUACUAUAGAAGCUGCAAUCAUGGACUUGGAGGAACUUGUGAACAGGAUUAAAUGGUUAAGGGAUGUGUUGAAUUUGAGGGUGUCGCCUUUAUCAGAUACUAAACAGUCUUGGGAGUUUUCGAAACAUCAUCCAUCAUGCAAAUGAUGGUUCUGUAUUCAAUGUUUAACCUCGGCAUAAAUUUCUUUUUUCUCAAAUAUAAUUCUAGAGCUUUUAGACAGUUUAUUUUGGAUAUAUAGUUGGUUAGUAUAUUUUUGGAACUUAAUGCAUUGUACCUUGGGCUUU